AUGGUUGUUAAUAAUCCAAAUAAUUGGCAUUGGGUCGAUAAGAAUUGUAUGAGAUGGGCUCGUACCUAUUUUGAAAAUAAGUUAAUUGGUUUAGAAACUGGUACGACAAAUAAUGAUAAAUACAUUAAAAUUAAAGAUAUCUCAUCAUUUGAAGGUGAUUGUGAAGUUAGUCAACGUAAAGGUAAAGUGAUUUCAUUAUUUGAUUUACAAAUGGUUAUAUUAUUUGAAGGUCAAAUUAAUCAAAAAAAUUUAGAAGGUAGUAUCAGUAUACCAGAAAUUUCAUUUGAUAGUGAAAUUAAUGAUUAUCAAUUUGAUAUAUCGAUUUAUAAAGAGACUAGUGAAUUAAAUGAAAUUAAGCCAUUUAUUAAAGAAAAAAUUUUACCAGAAAUGAGAGAAAUUUUUCAACAAUUUGGCAAAGAUUUAUUAUCUGAACAAGGUAAUAAUAUUCAAGUUCCAGAAAAUCAAGUUAAUUCCCAAUUUACUAAAGCGAAUCAACAACAAUUACCAACUUCUACUGUGACUGCUUCCGCUACUGCGAUUCCCAAAAAGUCGGAAACUAAAGAAAUAAAGAAAACUACUAGCAGUAAUACAAUUAGAAGUAAUAGUGGUGAUGCAAAUCGUACAACAAUUCAUUUGGAACCAUCAUUUAUUGUUCCUGCAUCAGAAAUUUAUUCAACAUUUAUAGAUAAAGAUCGUUUAAUGGCAUUUACAAGAGGUAGUGUACGUGUUAUUGAUAGUAAGAAUUUGAAUUCAAAGCAAUUAAUAGUCGGUGAUAAAUUUGAAUUAUUUGAUGGUAAUAUUUCCAGUGAAUUAAUUGAAGUUGAUUUAAACAAAUCAUUAAUUUUUAAAUGGCGUUUAAGUGAAUGGCCAACAAAAGUUUGGUCAACUUUACAAAUGACAUUCUAUGAAUCCAAAGAAUAUCAUGAAACGAAAGUUCAAGUUAAGUGGAGUGGUAUUCCAAUUGGUGAAGAAGAUCGUGUACGUAACAAUUUCGAGAAUUACUAUGUUAGACCUAUUAAAUUAACUUUUGGUUUUGGUGUUGUAUUGUAA